AUGCCGUCAUCUGCGUCCGAGCGAACACCGCUACUUCGCUCUACAUCGGCAAACCACCCCGUCACCGAAGAUGCAAUCACCACCGCAGAAGUAGCGCAACAGGGUCAAGGCGCUGCACAUCAGUUCCCAACAUCGCAGAAAGCGAGAACCGGCUCACUUACCGAAUCUGUCGACCCUGGCGACGUGCCCCCAAUCACGGAUGAGACAGAGAGCCUGACCAAGUUUCAAAAGAAUGGGAAAUUAGAAGGCAUUGGAGAGUGGAAGUUUAGGUUCGUGUUUGGUGGUAUUCUACUUGGUUACUUUCCACUUAUGGGCCGACUCUCAGAUACUCUGGGUCGUCGACCACUGUAUCUGGCGGGUCUCGUCGUUCUCGCAGCUACGACCGCAUGGUGCUCUUUUGCGCAGACGAUUGGUAGCUUCAUCGCCGCCCGAGCCUUUUGCGGCAUUGGCGCAGCUGGUGUUCUAUCGAUGGGUAACAUCAUGACCAAUGACCUAGUCAGCAUUGAAGUACGAGGUACCUACCAGGCAUACAUCAAUCUCUUCUACGGAGGCGGAUCUGCUUGUGGGGCAGCUUUUGGCGGCUUUCUAUGCGACAAGUUAGGAUGGCGGAUGACUUUUGCCAUACAGAUACCCAUACUUGUCAUGCUUUUCAUUAACGCCAUUUUCACCACGCCCUCUUCACUCGGCCCAAAUUUAGCCAAACGCUAUGGACUAGGUCUGAAAGAAGGCUUGAAGGGAUUCGAUAUCGCUGGAUCCAUUUUGCUGACGGUAUCCGUCGCUUUCCUCAUACUAGGGCUGAAUCUGGGAGGCAACAUAUAUCCAUGGAAGCAUUGGAUCGUCAUCACAUCACUGGUCAUCGCACUAGUGACAGGCGCCGUUCUCGUCAAAGUCGAGUCUAGAGCCGCGCGAGCAGUCAUGCCUCUGCCCAUGUUGUUUAGCAAGCCCCGUGGCAAUCUUGUCUUCAACAAUUUCUUUGCACAAGUUGGCAUGAACACUAUUCUAUUCAACGCGCCCUUGUACUUCCAAGCGGUUGAGCUCGAGACGGCGUCCGUCUCCGGGUUCCGCCUUGCCGGCCCUUCAGUUGCCUUGACGAUUUGCGGCGUGUCUGCAGGCUUCAUCAUGACCGCCACCGGUCGGAUGAAGUGGCUCAUCGUAGUUGGCUCACUUUCGAUGCUGUUGGGUGCUACAUGUCUUUCCCUGAUGUGGGACGGUAUUCCCAAGUGGCUUGCCACCAUCUUCCUGGUUCCGUCUAGCAUCGGCCAAGGGCUGAGUUUUCCUGCAACAAGUCUCGCGGUACUUGCAACAAGUACACAAGAAGAUCAAGCUGUUAUGACCAGUACACUGAUCUUGUGGCGCAGUCUCGGUAUUGUCAUGGGUGUCUCGCUCAGUAGCCUCAUUCUACAGAACGCUUUGACUUCGUAUCUCGAAGCACUUGUCACCGGUUACAACAAGGCGAAAAUCAUACAACACGUCCGCAAAUCGGUACGCAGCAUAAUCGACCUUGAUGCUAAGCACAAAAGUCAAGUCAUUGAAGCAUACAGCCGUAGUCUGCGACUGGUCUUCAUCUCGGCAAUCGCCAUGUUCAUCAUCGUGAACAUACUAGUGUUCGCGAUCGAACUUCCGCAGCUCAAGAAAUCCAAAGUGCACGACGAAGAAGAAGAAGAGUCAACGUAG